AAGAUGAUAAAACCCAAAACCCUACAAAAACAUUUUGGUAAAAUCUCUCUGCUGAGAACUAACCCCUUCUUCUUCUUCCAGCUGAAACCUCUAUCAGUCUCUCUAUGUGUUUUACCAUCCUCUCUCAUUUCUAUAAUCAUCUCUAAAGUAAGUGCUCCUUUUACUCAUCUCUAAAAAAUAUCUUCCUUCCUAUCAUCAUGGAAAAGAGAUAUUUAAAGCCAAGUCACCCUCAAUAACCUAAAUUCUCUUCCCUACUCGAGUCUUCAGCACCUCUCAUCGUUCUCUUUUCCUUGCAAAUCAACCUAACCAACUCAGGAUCCGACCACGGUUUUGCCAGAUCCAUCUACUCUCCGCUCUUAUCUUUUCCCCCCUCAAUCGAAGGCUUUACUGUUUUGCAGAGCAGAAAACCCCUAAACCUUCUUCGGAUUCGUCGUUCUCCGGUGUUGUUUCAAUUCUUCAGCCUAGUGGCGCCUAUUCUUUGCUUGGCGGGAGAUGAAGUUGAGCUUCCAUGGAAUGGGCUUGGGUUCUCAGGAGGCCCAACAAAUAGCAAGAAAUGACUGAAGCCUUUUCAGGAGUGAAGAUAUUGAGAGAGAGAGAGACACAGCUAGCAGCAAUAGAUAUUUUUAGAAGACUUACAAAUAGGUCCCUAGAACUUAGCAUAUUAACAAUUUAAUCUUUAUACUUUCGUCUUAAAAUUUAUAAAAUCAUUUGACACUUUAAUUAUUCGUUAAUCUAACAUUAAGUCAAACCUAUUUUCGCAAGCCGAAAAUUGAGAUGUUAGAAUAAAAGUAAAUAAAAUGACCAAGAUUUGUUUUUGAAAGAAAAAGAUUAUCUAUUAUUAUGCACUAAUUUAUGUCUAAUUUAAGUUAAAAAGUAUUAUUUCAAAUUAAAUUGUCAAAUGCGCCAAACCUCGGGAACUUGAUUGUAAAUUUCCUUUUCUUUCAAUUUUCUUUUUGAAUAAGUAAAACAGUUAAUUAAAAAAUUAAAGAAAAUGGGAGAAAUAGAAAAAGAUGAUAAAACCUAAAACCCUACAAAAACAUUUUGGUAAAAUCUCUCUACUGAGAACUAACCCCUUCUUCUUCUUCCAGCUGAAACCUCUAUCAGUCUCUCUCUCUGUGUGUUUUUUACCAUCAUCUCUCAUUUCCAUAUUCAUCUCUAAAGUUAUGGAGAUUCCAGGCAGGGCAUUUCGAAGAAAGAGAGCGUCGUCGUUGGAUAUUCUGUCGUCGAAACGCACUCCUCGUGAUUAUUAUAAGGGAAAGAAUUGCAAGCCUACUGGUUUUCACAAUCGCAAAGGUGGCUACAUUAUUGUACCUGAGAAAUUGCCGAACUAUGUUGUACCUGAUUUGACUGACUUCAAGCUAAAGCCGUAUGUUUCUCAAUGUGCAACACAAAUUAAAACAACCGAAGCAUCUGCAGCAGAAAAAUAAGGAAAUGGAGUGGGAACAGGAAUUCAAUCUGUGACGUCGUCAUCCAGCUGCCACUUGGUUAAUCUAUUCUUAAGUUAAGUUUGUCGUCUUCUGAGUUGCCAUUAUGAAGUUCUAUCCGAAAGGGAUGAGACCCAAUUAGGUGGUCUUUCUGUGCACGUUAAACUAAUGAAUUCUUACUUGCUGGUUAAACUAUCAUCGUUUAUUAUCUCCUUUAUUGGUAGCAAUAAUUUACAGAAUCAUGUCUUGUCUUUAACUUCUUAAGUUAUGUGGUCUUGUGAUGACCAAAACAUAUCCCCAGCCUUAUAGUAAUGGAAAUUGUGUGAAAUUGAAAUCAUGAUAUUUCUUUUUCCUUUUUCCUCCA